CCUCAUUCUCAUACUUUCGUGUCUUCUCAUUGGAUUCGUGCUCAUUUUAAUACGUCAUUAUCGCUGUCACCAAAUACUGCACGUGCCCGGUUUCUAUGCAUGUUGAUCGAGCUUUUACAACUGUUGUGUAUUUUGCCGUGGAAAAUGCGAUUUAAACAGCCGAACCCUACCAAAAUACCGGAUCAUAAAUAUCGUAGGUACAGUCCAGAAUCCCUCAAAAAUGCAUAUGCUGCGGUAAAGGAGAACGGGAUGCCAGUUAAAAGGGCUGCAUUGACAUAUAAUGUGCCAAUUCAAACAUUAAGAGAUCGUGUAAAAGGGAAAGUAGAUCCAUUUAAUAUUGGAUUGGGCUCCGAGUUAAUCUUUUCAAAAGAAGAGGAAACGGGUUUGGUGGAGCAUCUGGAGAGCAUGUCCCAGCUCGGAUAUGGUUACACCAAUGUACAGGUCCAGCACCUGGCUGGGGAACUGGCCGAACAUUUAGGGAAACGCCCUACCAACAAGCCAUUAAGUAUAAAUUGGUUGUAUGGCUUUCUAAAGAGAUGGACAGGCAGGCUCUCUUCCAUAAAACCACGCGCCCUGGAUAGUGGCCGUGCGAAAAACUCAACGCCGGAGAUCGUUGAAAGCUACUUCAAAAACCUCGGGGAAGUAGUGGAGAAACACAAUCUGACCGACAAACCUCAUCUCAUCUACAACAUAGAUGAAACCGGGAUUCAACCCGAACACAGGCCCCCUAAUGUCAUCGCUGCCACUGGCAGUAAGCCGCAGGCUGUUACCUCGCCCCGCUCAACAACCACGACAUUAAUCGCAUGCGCUAACGCAGCCGGUAAUCAUAUACCACCAUUUUUCGUCUUCAAAGGGAAACGAAGCAACCCUGAACUAAUGAACGGCUCGUCACCUGGUUCGAAAUUCACAAUGUCCGAAAGUGGCUGGUCAAAUGCCGAAAUAUUCCAGCAUUAUUUGAAGGACCAUUUCCUCCCGAAUGUAUGCAGGGGUUCAACGGACCAAGCGCCGAUACUUGUCAUUUAUGACGGCCACUCCUCGCAUGUUUCCAGGCAACUUACUGAAUGGGCCAAAGCAGAGAAUAUCAUCCUCUUUGUUUUGCCUGCCCACACAUCGCACAUCCUGCAGCCUCUGGACGUGUCGAUUUUCGGCCCAUUCAAAUCAUAUUACUACCGUGAAUGUGCCAAGUUUAUGCAGGAGCACAUUGGUGAAACUGUCACGAAAUAUAUGAUGGCGAAAAUUGCUUGCAAAGCGUAUCUAAAGGCCAUGGUUCCAGCCAACAUAGUCGCAGGCUUCCGAAAAACUGGCAUUUUCCCAUGCUGCCCAGAGGUUGUUCCUGCAGAUAAGCUUUAUCCAAGCGAAGCCUUCCGAGAGACAUCACCCCUGUUCAAAAUUAUGGAAAUUAAAUCCGGAAAAGAAGCAGUUGAAAAGUACCUCUUGUUGAAGGCUGAAAAAAAGUUUACAUGCGUCUGCCAGGCCUCUAAGCAACCUAAAGCCAAAAACACAAAACCCAAGCCAGGGGGGAAGGCUAUUACAGAAGAAGCAUAUGCUGAGGAGCUGCAAACAUACGAUAAAGAAAACGCAACUCCCAGUACAUCAACAACCUCAACGCAUGCAACAACAACAUCGACGAAAAAAGGCAAAACCUGCAGAAAGCGCCUAUCGGAAUCUCAAUCCCAAAACAAGUCUACUGCCACAGCAAAAGACGCAUUGUGCAGUGAUUCUGAGAUGGAGUUCGAGCCGGAAGAAAAAGACCUGUGCUGCGUCUGCAGGAUGAUAUCGCCACCAAACCUGCCCGACUCGACGUUCUUAAAAAUCCUCACGUGGGGCGAGUGCGCCAUUUGCAGCCACUGGGUGCACCUAAAAUUCUGCACGAAAACGCGCGUUGUAAGGAGAAACGACCGUUUCGUAUGCCCUAAUUGUGAAGUUUAG